AUGAAGGGUCUUCUUGUCCUCGGCCUGUUGCCAAUUAUACCUCUGGUCUUGGGCCAGAUCACAGUUUCAGUCAGCAAUGUCGAGCCACUUCCACUCAAGUCAGCCAGUGCCGUAACCUCGGCAGACGAGCUUUUUCGACAAAGCUGCCCGGAAGAAGUAACGAAUAGCAAUCCCUACACGCCCAAUCUGCUAUUAUCGUCUUACUCCGAGUUUGAGGAGUCCGGCAAGAAGGUCUUCGGCGGAAACGUAUACCCGUCCUCUGACAGUUUUGUUCGCGGUGCGAUAGUGGCCUGGGCGCAACAUCAAAGCCUGGUCCUUCGUCCUGAUGUAAUCUGGUUCGAAAUUCUGGCCCAACUCAACUUUUACAUGACAGAACAUGCCGAAGAAAUUCGCCACUUGUUUGUAAACUUCCAAGGCAAGAAGGAAAUUGUUGUGAAGGAAACUUCUUGGACCAACGUUAUUGCUGCGUUUGCGACCGAGAUCCAAAAACGUGUCAAAACAAAUUGGCUGCUGGGCUGGGUUGCUCCUGGGUUCAGUACCAGUACGCGAAAUGAUAACAUGACGGCCACCGUGUUGAUGAUGGGCCUUAUGCAGCACUACUUCGAGUUCACUGGAGCGGUCAUCUGUGGAAUCCCUUCUGUUACCUUGCUUGGGACCAAACGAGACUGGGUUCAACUAUACAAGAAAUUGGAUCGCCUGGCAGACUUUGGGGCCGAGCCAGCGCAGUUUGCCCAUAAUCUGAAGCCUAUUCUCAGCCGAUUCGUGCAGACAUGGGACGAGCCAAACAGCCCGGCGGUCAAAUCGUUCUGGAACCAGAUUGUACGAGCUAACAAAGUAUUUCUCUGCGGUGCCGGGCCAACGGAAUUCGAUAUUUCUGGCUGGAUCACGGGAUUCAUGCAUUGGCGAGAAGACGGCACACUUGUUGCACCUAACGGGACCCGACCACAGCCAGACGACGUGCGAUUUGACGGUGUAGCAUACACUCGCGUGGAUAUUGACCACAUCCCUGUCGGAUAUGCCAAAGCGCCGCUCAAAAUGCUCGACUACCCAAACCGAGGCAAAGACACACAGGCGUAUGUGCUGGCAGGAAACAUCGGAAUCAAAAGAACUAUAUCCAAUCCCACAGGCAAGGGUGCUAAACCCCAAGUGUUGGCCGAGCCCAUGAAUUCGUGGUUCUUGUAUGGACCUGUCGACGCGAAUUUCACGACGGGGCCGGAAUACGGAAAUCUUUCGGAGGUUAAGAGCACUGCAACGAGUCUAAGAGACUGGUGCCCGGCGGCAUAUGCUAAACGAUACUAA